AUGGCGCCCCUGCCCGUGCUCGACAUCUGGCAGCGCUUCCAGCGCGCGAAUGGCCCGAUGCUCGAGGAAGACGCGCUCAAGGAGGUCGGCCUCGUCCUCGCCACCAAGGUCGCGACGCCCGACGACGUGGCGGCGAGCCUCGCGGAGGCCAUUGAGCGCAUGGUCGCCGUCGUGCAAGAGCCUGGCCCGCUAGGCGCAACGAAUGCAACACUCCUGCUGCUGCAGCUCGUCAUGCACACGUUUCAUGGGCUCAAGGUCGCCAAGCGCUUCGAGUGCUUGGACGCGGCCAGCACGUCCUUGGCGCCGGCGCUGCUCCGGCUGCUCCACCUCCUCGCGCCGGCGGACGGUGCACUCUUUGCGGAUACCCGCCUCGUCAUCGAGACAGUCUCUUUUCUCAGCACGAUUCUCGUCGGCUACCAGCACGCGUCGACGCUCUACACGGCCCAUCACGCGUCGCUUCUCGGCCUCAUCGAGACGUUUGGGUCGCACCCGAGCAUCGUCGGCACGGCUGUCGGCGCUACCACGUCGCAGCUCCUUGUCCAGACAGCCCUCUGCCUCGUGAACGUGCACCGCGGGUGUCCCGAGCGCAACGCGAACCUGCUCAAAGCACUGCUGUCGCACAUGGAGAGCGUGCCCAAGCCCCGUGCCGCAGACAUUGAGACGACGCUACGUGAGUGCUCGUGGCUCCUCGCGUUGACUCCAGGGCACCUCCCAAGCAUCGAAGGGCUCUGGACGAUGGACGAGUAUGGCGAGGUCGGGGGCCGCAGCCGGAACGCGUCCUCGCUCGUCUUGUCGACGAUCGCAAGCUGCCACGCCGUGCCGUUCACCGCCGCCUUUUAUGCCAAUGGAAAGAAGACGAUCGAGCUCUCGGGUGCGGCCGUCGCGCCGCUCGCGCUGCUGCAGGCGCCGCCGACCGCGCCGGGGCCUUGGUCGCUGGAAGGACAGUGGCGCCAGCUGCUCGCCGAUGACGCGCCGAACGCGAUGCAGCCGAUCGCAGUGGCCGUCGAGUGGGCAUGCAGUGCGUGCACCGUCGUCAACGCGGCCGCAGCACCCAAGUGCACAACCUGUGGCACGGUUGCACCGCCGCCGCUACCGUCGUCGCUCCAGCCCGCCACGAACGGAAGCAACCCCGCGCCAGUGACAGCGUUGCUCCACGACGAUGCCUUUAUGGCCCUGCAGUGGAGUCGCGGCGAGCAAAAGGGCGCGUGGCUUGCCCGCAAGCAGGUGUUGACGCCAUCGCUGCAGCUGCCACCAGCCUCCAUCGUGUCGCCCACAGCCUACACGCUGCACGGCGACGUCGCGCAUUGCCUCGUUGUCGAAAAGCCCGUGUCGGUCAACAGCCACUGCAGCACGACCAUCGAGCUGCAUGUGCGCGUCGAGGCGACCGCCGAACGCCAAGUCUUCUUGGCCAACGGCGAGUUUUCGCUGGCAUGUGGACCCCACGAGACGCUGGUGUGGACGUACGGCCAGCACGUUCUCUCAGCGUCGCUCGCCUCGAGCAGCGGCGACUACCACCACAUUGCGCUCGUGCACGACGAGCUCGAGCUCAUCCUUGUGCUAAAUGGUGCGGUAGCUGCCCGCACGCCGCGCGUCAAGGCCCACGAAGACGGUGUCGCCGCCAAGAUCUUGGUGCUUGGCGCCGAGCCGACCGAGUUGACAACGAUGUCGUCGCCGACGCAGUUGCCGGCGUCGGUGUACGGCCUCGCGCACCCGAUGCACGGGUCCAUCGUCGAGCUCCGCGUGUGGUCGAUCGCCCUGGACCUCGGCAUGCUGCAGUCGCGCGCGACGGCUGCGCUCCCGGCGGACACGCCGCACCUGCUGCUGUACUUGCCGCUCGUCGGGUCGUCGGAGCAUUUGGUGAUGGACCACGGCCCGUACGGCAACCACGCGAGUCAGUACAUGCAACACGGAGGCUGGCCCGUCGCACCGUCGCUUGCCGCGCUGCCUGUGUCGGCGCAUCGGUGGGGUGUGCUCGAUGGGUUUUUCCUCUACGGCGCCGUGCGUCCUGGCGCCACGUGGAUGCUCGAGAGCGGAUCUGCCAUCUGGCACCGCGACGCGCUCGGCCUGCCGCACACGGACGCGAUCUCGUUUCAAACGACUGUCGCCACGUCGUUUCCCGCAGGCACCAAGGCGUCGAUGACCAUUGCGUUGGCUAAUGUGUCGUACUGGCAGCAGACGUCGCUGAUUGACGAGGUCUCGGCGCUACACGCACCGACGUCGUCGCCGCCAGCGCUGUUUGUGCACUUGACGCAGCACGCCAACGACGCGGGUGUCGCGAUCGGCCUCUAUGUGCUCAAGGCCGGCGGCGUCCACUGCCUCAGCCUCGCGACCUCGCUCCUGCCGGCGAUCCACGCGGCGCAGGUGUCGUACGACGCAACCCGCGGGACGCUUUCGGUUGCGCUCAACGACCGCGUCGUUUCGAUGGUGUCGGUGGACGUGGCGCUCGCCCUCGACCUCUCGCCAACGUCGUCGUCUCUCCGCGCAGGGCUCAUCGUGCCCAACACAUCCGACAUUGAAGACUCCGUGUCGAUUGGCAUCGGCGCCUGGCACCUCGCCGUGUCGCCGGCGUCGGCGACAACAACGUCGGCGCUGCGUGCUGUGUAUGGCCUCGUGGGUCCACACGUCGAGGAUGCGCACGCAUCUGCCACCGUGAGCUGCUCCAAGUACCACACGGACGGCAGCGCGAUCACGCAAGAGUUGUUUGGCUGCCAGAGCUGCAACACGAACCUCGUCUUUUGCAAAACGUGCGCGGCGUGGUGCCACGAAGGCCAUGAGCUCGUCUGGAAGGGCAAGGCGGCCGGCGCGUGCGGCUGUCGGUCGCGCGGCGCGGCGGCGUGCCACUGCCCCGAGCCCGUGCCGCUACCGGCGGACCGGCCAGCGCUCGGCGAGCCAACGUACAGUCUGUGGUGCUGUCCGCAGUGCACCGUGAUCAACGCUGUCGACAAGGCAGUGUGCUCUGUGUGCGGGUGCGUCUCCCCGGUCGCCGCACCGACACCGCUCCAAGAUUUGCUCUCGCCGCUGCUGGAGACGCCGUCGAUGGCAGCCGAGUGGUCGUGCGACGCGUGCACAAUGCUCAACAGCGCCUCCGCGACCAAGUGUACCGUCUGCGACACGGCCAAGCCCGGUGGUAGCUCCAGUAGUAGCAGCACGGCGCUGCUCGCACUCGCCAGCGCGGCGUCCGAGACGAUGCAGCAGCCAUCGGUAUCAUCCGGGCCGUGGUCGUGUGGUGCAUGCACCAUGGGCAACGAGGCGUCGCAUACCAUCUGCCACAUUUGCGGGACGCCUCGGCCGAUCGAUGUCGUCGCCGUCGCAACGCCGGCAACAGCACCGACGUCCCCAAUCAGCGUUGCUGCCGCGCCGCCGCCGGCGCCCGUGUCGACCGCGCGCUUGGAUACCUUGUUGUCGCUUCAAGCCCAGAAGAUGGCCCGUGUGCCCUUCGACCUUGCUCCGUUUGCGACCGGCCCAACGACGUGGGAGACGACCGCCGGGCUCUUGGUCCUUGAGUACGCGCCGCAUAAUGCGUAUAUUGGUGACCUCGUCACAGGGUCGUACGUCGACGGCGACGGCAGCCUCGUGGGCCUUCUCCAGCCGCCGUCGUCGGCGACCGGGCCGCUCGAGUUGCGCGGCCAGUACAAGCCGUCGUCGACUAGCGUGCCCAAUAGCUUUCUCUUCCAGAUGUCGCCACAGAGUCGGCUCGAUGGGCUCUGGUUUCGCGGCGACGGCGCGGGCUCAUGGCGCUGCACGUUUACAUCUAGCACGCACUGUCUCCGCGGGCUCAACGGCGCGCCGUUCUACUCGGGCCUGGUCAACAUGUCGCAGAACCUCACGAAUGUGUGCUACCAAAACAGCUUUUUGCAAGCGCUCUUUAUGACGCGCGCGUGCCGUGACGCGCUGCUGUCAUCGCCCACGUCGACCAAUCCGAAUGCGGUCGUGUCGACGCUGCAGACGCUGUUUGGCCGCUUGCUGCAGUCGCAGGCGCCGGCGAUCGCGACGCACGCGCUCCAGCGGUGCCUCCCGCCGACGUUCCAAGCCGGUCGGCAGCAAGACACGAGCGACUUUGCCAAUUUCAUCAUGGAAGCCUUGUCGGACGACGUGAGUCGCAUCUUUGGCGGGUCGCAGGCCUCGAUCCGGCGCUGCAAGGCGUGCGACCACACGGCCGUGACGCACGAGUACUUUUGGGAGCUCCUCCUCAACAUGAUUGAGCUCCGGUACACGCCGAUCACCGAUAUUACGGGCGUGACGGGCACGGGGCUCACGAUCCCGUGCCCACUGGGCUUUGACCGGCUCAACUGUGACUUGAACAAGGACCGUACCAAUGCGCCGUACGUCUACCUCUGCGUCAAGCGCGACGUGCAGGCGACGCCGAUCACAGACAUCAUGAUCAAGGUGGCCGACGUGACCGAGCCCAAGCCGCAUGUGCCUGGCUACACGCGCAUGGACAUCGACUUGAACGUGGGCGGCAGCGCUAUCAUCAACCUGCUCUCGUCGCCGAUCAAGAAGGGAUCUGGUGGUGGCGGGAAGAAGCAGGUGUACCUCUUUUACUCCCGGGACCCGACAGGGUCGCCUAUCACGGACCUCGACGUGGUGUACGGCACCGACACGGUGCCUGACGGCUUCCGUGCGAUCCGCGUCGACCUCAACCAAGGCGACGGCACGCCCGUGUACCUCUGCUACCGCAGCGACAUGCCCAUUACAGACCUCAAGCUCGUGACGGAAGGCCGCCCGGGCUACAAGCUCCUCGACCACUCGUUGCAUCUCGCGUCGACGGACCAUCAAUACAUUGCGCACACGGACGGUGGCCACGGCGCGUGCGUCACCGGUCUCCAGCUCGUGCCCGCAGCGGACGUGGAAUCGCGCAAGUCGGAGAAGUGGGAAGAUCUCGGCUUGCGACCGGCGCCUGCGAACGGCGCCAAGCUCAUGCUCCAGCGCGGCCACGGCAACCCGCUGUACGCGAUCGAGGUCUUUCGCGCACCGCGCAUGGUGCCCAAGUUUUCAGACUAUGAAGUCAUCUCGCUCCACGCGCCAUCGCCCGGACCGCUCACGAUCGAGCGCCUCCAUGGGCUCUGGAAGGCCGGCGACGACUGCGAGCGUUCGAAGCGGGCGCUUCAGCUGCACCACAUUGCGCCGUCGCUGCAUCCCAGCUUUCGUGUCCGCGGUUCGUUUGGCACCAAGGGCGCAAUUCAUGGCGUCUUGCAGUGGCUUGCGGCGAGCGGCACAUACGUGCUGCACGGCCACUGGACGGACGCGACGACCAAGCACCCGCAAGUCGCGCACCUUCUCUUCCGCGGCGACGCAUUGGAAGGCACGAUUGGCGAUGCGAAAAGCAACAAGAACGUGGUCCUGCGAGGCACGCACGUCUCGUCGACGAUGACGAGCCAGCACCCGGUCACGGACCUCUUGCUCGUCCGCAAGUCGACGCCGCUGCCGCCAGGCGUGUCGCUGGUCGCGACGCCGAUCCACGCCGAUUUGUACUUGGCCGUGCGCCGGGACCCGAACGCACCGGCGAUCAAAGACGUGUGCGUUGUCUACGGGGACGUGGAUCCGAUUCCGGACGACUAUGUGUGCCUCCACACGACCGUGCAUGGGACGUCGGGCAAUCUGAACGACGGCGCGCAAGCUGUUCCGCUCUUCAUUUGCUUCAAGCGCGACGCCAACCCCGCGACGCUGGGCCUUGCAGACGUGAGUAUUCUCUCUGGGAGCGACGUGCCAGAGCGCUAUACCAAGAUCGGCCACACGCCUCUGGGCAUGGAAGCCAAUCUGCAGCCGGGCAAGCCGCUCUUUUUGGCCUACAAGCGCGGGUCGGAGACCACAUCCUCGAGCUUUGUGGAGCACCCGCUCAACGGCCAGUUUGACACGUCUCUCUGGGGCCCACUCCAGCUGGUCGUCGCCGAGACGCUUCCUGUUGUGUACGAUGCCGUCGGCAAGUUUGGCUUUACGCUUCAUGGGAAUGCAGCGGGCAACGGCGCCGUGCGUGGCGUCCUGUACCCGACGACCGCGGACGCCACGAGCUUCCACCUCGUCGGGUAUUGGGAGACGACGUUUGGCAGCCACAAUUCGCUGUCGGCGGCCACGUACUCGCCGCUGUCACCGCUGCACGCGUCGACGCAGCCCAUGGAGCUGCGCUUCUCGCUCGACGGGUCGAUCCCGACGGCCUCGGGCUUUUGGGCCCAAGGCAACAGUGACGGCGGCAAGUGGGCGCUCGUCGCCGACUGCUACGUCCACAUUGGCUUCAAGAAGGACUAUGGCUCCGAGUGGGCGCACGGCGCGCUGCAGACAUCGGACCGUGUCUCGUCGCAUGCGCUGCCGUCGCUGCUGCGGCGGCUCGUCUCGCCGCGAACACUGGGCGGCGACUUUACGUGCGGCCACUGCCACGCCCGCGCCGAGUCGCGCGUGCACUCGACGAUCGUGUCGCCACCCAGCCACUUGAUUUUGACGCUGAAGCGCAUGCACUACGACUGGAAGCUCCAGAAGACGUGCAAAAGCCUCCACGAUGUGAGCUUUCCGUCCCGCCUGACCUUGCCGCCGCUCGACGCGGCCGACGCGGCGGUAUUGGGCGCGUCCGAGGACGACCUGCCGCGCGGGUACGGCUUGUACGCGGUGCUCGUGCACAGCGGGUUGAGUGCCAACUCGGGCCACUACUACUCGUACUGCCGCGACUCGUCGAGCGGCCACUUGGACCUUGCGGACGACGACGACGCGCCGUGGAUCAAGUUUAACGACGCGACUCUGGCGGUCUCGAGCUGGGCCGAGAUGAACCAAGCGAUGGCCACGUCCGUGUCCGACUCGGUGUAUCUUUUGUUUUACAAGCGUCUCGAGACCCGCGCCACGACCCCUGAAGACGAUGACGACGACGAAGAAGCCAAGUCGGAGGAUGAAGAAGCCAUGCUCUUGGCCAAGGCCAUGGCGCUCUCGAUGUCGUCGACGCAGGCUGCGCUCGCGUCGCUGGACCACGUGGUUGCGUUCUCGCCGGCAACCAAAGUGCUCAUCCAAGAGAUUGAAGCCGAAAACACGGCCCGGAUGCUGGCGGCGCAGACGAGCCACGUGGCGAUGGACGAUCUCCAUACGGUUGUUCGCGCGUCGUCGAGCGUGCCCGAGCCGUACAAGUCGGCGUUGGAAGCGGCGCUGGCCUAA